CCGGGCUGGACCAGCCAGGCUGGAGCAGGCCGGAGACCUCGGCGCCCCCAGCCUCGGCCCACCUCGCCCCGCCCCAUCUCACUGCGGCCACCCCGCUUCCCUCCGCCCAAGGGCGGGCUCCGAGGCCGGGGGAGGAGCCCCGCUGCAAUCUUUCUCCUAAUAAGUCCCGAAAAGGGGCAUUUUCCAAGCAGCUGCGGCCAGCGGUGCUUACGUCACUGACCCUCCCCCAGCUGUGCUGACGUCACCGCCCCCAGCCGCGGUGACCUCAUCCAUCCCCCCCACCGUAAAGCCGCCCGGCAGCAAUAGGGGUGGGAAGGAGGCGGGGGCUCCGGGACCAGGGCGGCGGCUCCUUUCCCUAGUGCAGACCAGCGGCGCCAGUCCCGCCAGCCCCAACGCUCCCAGGCCGCCCUGCCCUGUGCCCCGAAUCCCCUAGUCCCCAUGGCCGGCCUCAACUCUCUGGAGGCGGUGAAAAGGAAAAUCCAGGCGCUGCAGCAGCAGGCGGAUGAGGCGGAGGACCGAGCCCAGAGCCUGCAGCGGGAGCUGGACGGCGAGCGAGAGCAGCGGGAGAAAGCUGAAGGAGAUGUGGCAGCCCUGAAUCGACGGAUCCAGCUAGUUGAGGAAGAGCUGGACCGGGCCCAAGAACGUCUGGCUACAGCCCUGCAGAAACUGGAGGAGGCAGAAAAGGCAGCUGAUGAGAGUGAAAGAGGAAUGAAGGUGAUUGAGAACCGGGCAAUGAAGGAUGAAGAGAAAAUGGAAAUUCAGGAGAUGCAAUUGAAGGAAGCCAAGCAUAUCGCAGAGGAAGCUGAUCGUAAAUAUGAGGAGGUAGCCCGUAAGUUGGUCAUCCUUGAGGGUGAGCUGGAACGAGCAGAAGAGCGUGCUGAGGUGUCAGAGCUUAAGUGUGGCGAUCUGGAAGAGGAGCUGAAAAAUGUCACCAACAACCUGAAAUCCUUGGAGGCUGCAUCUGAGAAGUAUUCUGAAAAAGAGGAUAAAUAUGAAGAAGAAAUCAAGCUUCUGUCUGACAAACUUAAAGAGGCUGAGACCCGAGCUGAGUUUGCAGAAAGAACUGUUGCAAAACUGGAAAAGACCAUUGAUGACCUGGAAGAAAAACUUGCCCAGGCCAAAGAAGAGAACGUGGGCUUACAUCAGACACUGGAUCAGACAUUAAAUGAACUUAACUGUAUAUGAAUCAAAAAAGAAGAAUUUUGUUUGCCAGAAACUCAAGAUCUCCGUGUUGUUGUCCCCUUCCUUUGUAAGAAGUUUUCUCUCUUAUUGCAUCUUUUCUUUACUGGAAAUGUCAAUCAAAUUAUGAUUACCCCUCUAAUAUUUGUUAUCAGAGAGGCUUUGGGCACAGUUAAAUCUAGUUCCUUUUUUCAAAUGGCACACUAAAGCUUUUAGUUAGCUUUUUUUUUUUUAUCCUUAAAUUGCAUUUUUUUUUUCCUUAGGCUGGCAGGGUAUUUAACUUAGGCCAAAAUCUCCAAGAUUGAGGGCAUUCUGUUACACUCUAGGCAAUAACAGGGAACCCAACUGAGCUACUGGAUCGUGCUUCAAUUGAUUUAAGAACACAAGCUUUCUAUGUCACCCUGAGCCAUUUUACAGAAGGGCAGGGACAUCUCAUAAAAUGGGCGGGGACUUUCCAUCCACAGUGAAAAGGUUGCUUUAGGAAGUCAUAAACCACAAAGAAUGGCCUAAUUAUUGUGGCCGUUCCUCCCACUCCAUACUUUGGGGCAAACAUCCUCUGAACAGUCACUGAGAAAAUACUUUUUCAACAACAUCUAGAUUUUUUUUCUGGAUGAAUACUUGAGGUUCUGUUUUUAUAUUGGUCCAAAUAUAGAUGACUUGUAUAAAAACCCAAAUGUAGCUUAUAAUUUCUAUUACUUUCAGUGUAUACCUAGAUUUUUUUUUUUUUUUUUGCUUUAAAAGAGAUCUCAUUUUAAAAUUUUAGGUGAGAUCAGCCCAUAUUUGGACCAAUAUAGUACUUUGCCAACUUCUCUUAUUUAGGAGUUGACUUCUGCAAAGCAACUGAACGUUUUAUUCCAAAUAAGGAACAAUAUUUGUUCUCUUCCCUGAUUCUGUAUGGCUGAACAUCUGUAACAAAAUCAGCCAGCAACGUAGUGGAAUUUAAUAUGGCAGCCUGUCUUCCUGAUGGUCUAGCAUGGUAUUGCUUCCUAUCAUUGAUUCCAGCCUUUUUCCAUGCUACUUUCUGUGUCCAUGAAUCUUCUGGCUAGAAAGACAAGACGAAAGGAGCCUCGUUGUCACUAAAGGAAAAACAAAAUUUGAAUUGUUUUGAUUUUCUCAUAGACUGACAUUGUAUGACAAAUGGAAGAUUCUUUUUCUUCUAUUCCAGAGGGAUUUUAAUCCCUAUUUUGGGACCAACUUAAUAAAGACCAAAAACCUGAUUUAACUGGAUUCAGAGAAUCAAAUAGGCAGUACCUAUUGUUGUUGGUAAAUGGUUACCUUGUGUACAGCUCAGUACUAAAACAUUCCUUAUUCCACAGCAGUGUGGAACAGAUAUGAAGACUCAAGUUUACAGUUGUGAUUAAAAAUUACCCUGCUUCUAGCAUAUAAUCCCAGUCCAGAUUCCUAUUUAUUAAGCAUCACACUACCCAGAAACACACUAGGAAAUGUGAAGCUGAAUGAAACCAAUGCUUUUCAUUUAGAUCUUUACCAAAUGUAUCAUAUUAUUGUAAUAGUAUCACCUUUUUCUAGCUUUGGUCAAAUAAAUUUUUACAUAAACUUUUGAGUUUU